AUGCUCAAGCAGAGCGAGAGGAGGCGGUCCUGGGGCUGCAGGCCCUGGAACGGUACAGAGAGCGAGGACGCGUCCCAGGCGGGGGGCGGCCAGCACCGCCGGAGCGUCUGCUCGGUGGGGGGUCGCUCCAGCUCCCAGGCCAGCAUCCCGCUGUGGCCCGAGGGCAACUAUAACUACUACAUCGAGGAGGACGAGGACAGGGAGGAGGAGGACGAUCUGAAGGAGGACCCAGGCGAGGAGGACGGGCAGCCAGAGGCCAAGUCCGACCUUCCGGUCGUGUCGUCCACGCUGAACGUGAACGUGGGCGGCCAAAGCUACCGCCUGGCCUGCUGUCAGCUGGCCUGUUACCCCAAGACGCGCCUGGGCCGCCUGGCCACGUCCUCCAGCCGCAGCCGCCAGCUGAGCCUGUGUGACGACUAUGAGGAGCAGACGGACGAGUACUUCUUCGACCGCGACCCGGCCGUCUUCCAGCUGGUCUCCAACUUCUACGCGUCCGGGGUGCUGCUGGUGCUGGACGAGCUGUGCCCGCGCCGCUUCCUGGAGGAGCUGGGCUACUGGGGCGUGCGGCUCCAGUACACGCCGCGCUGCUGCCGCAUCUGCUUCGAGGAGCGGCGCGACGAGCUCCGCGACCAGCUCAAGAUCCAGCGCGAGCUGCGCGCCCAGGCGCAGGCCGAGGAGGCCGAGGAGCUCUUCCGCGACAUGCGCUUCUACGCGCCGCAGCGCCGCCGCCUCUGGAACCUCAUGGAGAAGCCCUUCUCAUCCGCGGCCGCCAAGGCCAUCGGGGUGGCCUCCAGCCUCUUCGUGCUCAUCUCCGUCGUGGCGCUGGCGCUCAACACGGUGGAGGAGAUGCAGCAGCAGGCGGGGCAGGGCGCGAGCAGCGGCGACCCGCCGCCCAUCCUGGAGCACGUGGAGAUGCUGUGCAUCGCCUUCUUCACGCUCGAGUUCCUGCUGCGCCUCGCCUCCACGCCCGACCUGCGGCGCUUCGCGCGCAGCGCCCUCAACAUGGUCGACCUGGUGGCCAUCCUGCCGCUUUACCUGCAACUGCUGCUCGAGUGCUUCACGGGCGAGGACCCGCGGCCCGGCAAGGGCUCGCAGCGGGAGCACGACAUAGAGACUGUGGGCCGCGUGGGCAAGGUGGGCCAGGUGCUGCGCAUCAUGCGCCUCAUGCGCGUCCUGCGCAUCCUCAAGCUGGCGCGCCACUCCACCGGCCUGCGCGCCUUCGGCUUCACGCUGCGCCAGUGCUACCAGCAGGUGGGCUGCCUGAUGCUCUUCAUCACCAUGGGCAUCCUCACCUUCUCGGCCGCUGUCUACUCCGUGGAGCACGACAUGCCCAACACCAACUUCACCAGCAUCCCCCACGCCUGGUGGUGGGCCGCGGUGAGCAUCUCCACUGUGGGAUAUGGAGACAUGUACCCAGAGACCAUCCUGGGCAGGCUUUUUGCCUUCCUCUGCAUUGCUUUUGGAAUUAUCCUCAACGGGAUGCCAAUUUCCAUCCUCUACAACAAAUUUUCUGAUUACUACAGCAAGCUCAAAGCUUAUGAGUAUACUGCCAUGAGAAGGGAAAGGGGAAAGGUAGAGUUCCUGCAAAGAGCCAGAAAGAAGAUGGCGGAGUGUUUGGCUAGAAGCCACCUACAGCCCCCACAAAGGCAAGAGAGUUGA